UAACUGUCUAGCUGACCCAGCUUGAUAGCAUGGUCAUGUAAUACUUGGCAACUAAUGAUUCACCAGCAAGAACCUUUGCUUUUUGCCAUUACAACUGUUGAGGUGCUUAGUGAUCUUAUUCCAGAUCAUUAGCAGAAAUAGCUGCAGGGUUGUCUGACUGGAAAGCAUGCAGUCAGACACCUUGAGCAUUUCACUGUACUUGUGCAUGUGACUACUUGAAGUCUUCAGGAGUGAAGUGUAGACCUGUGAAAAACCUUAUGUAAAUUCUCUCAGCAAAGCUGACUUUUUGUCCUCCCGUCUGCAACUACUUGACAACGUUUGACAAGCUCUCAAAGUAAUGAGAAGGUAAACUAUGGUACGUUUUAGCUUUGCUUGUUGAGUGGUUAUGAAAGUGGUGAAUGUGUGAGGGCAUGAGGGUUGACUGCAAGGCUUGUUGCUUAGCUAUUUUUGUGGCCUAUUCCAAUUCUCUUCACUCACCACCAAAUGUGUAGACAUGUCAUUGGUGAGGUUGUUGUGAACAUUGAAAAAAAAGCUCAAUCUCCAGUUAUUCACAACAGUAAUCUACGUGUGUUGCUGGUAGCCACAAACUUCCUAAUUUUACGCUAUUGUUUUAGAUUGAAACUGAUAUUGUUUUUAUUGGUAGCUCAGUCAUUGUAUACUGAUUUUACAGUACAUAAAACUACAAAUUCUCAUGAAUAAAAACAUAGUCCAAAAGUACUACACCCAUAAUAGCAGCACUAUAUAAACUUUAGGCUGCUUUGUCUAUUUCAGGGACACCCCAGGUCCUGGCUAUGUAUUCACGGCACGGGAUAUUGUGUAAUCUUAUCAGUUAUCAUCUCGUCCUGUUUCCUUCCAUCUUUUCAUCGUCCUUCCUUUUUCUCCACCCAUCCUGUUUGUCUGUUCUCGGAUGCAAUAAAAGGUUCCAAACCGUAAAGACCAUUUAGGGAGCUGAUGUAGAAGGACUUGAAAGUAUGAUAAUGAGAAAGAUUUGUUUGCUACAGUACCGCAGGCCUACAAUCAGUCAUCUCUGUGCGUUCACAAACCGUGGCGGUGCUGAUAGAUACAGUAUGUCAACACCACAUGACUUUAGGGCCGUUGUGUCAUUUUUACUGCAGAUAAAGCAAGAAAAACAAACUAUAGACAUCUUAUCAGGUUCAUAGUGUAGGGUGACAUGAAAGAACAGGCCUGAAAAUGUACAAUGUAAACAAUAUACUGUAACCUGUAUUUGUCAAAUAUACACACUUGUAUGUUGUUCCUCGUCAACCAUUGCGUAACCUUUCUGAACUGCCCUUACAAUGGUUGCAUAAGGGAUUAUUGUCAACACACUUCUGAAGUGAAAAGAUUUACUCAGAGUUGGCAGAGCCAUAAAAGCCUAUGUUUCAAAACCAGUACUAACACUGAGAGGUUGGGGAAAUUGCAUCACGUCACUGUUUUAAAUUCGCAAAACACCCUGUCAAGACAACUCUCUUGAUCUAAUACUCCUAUUGUCUGGUGGUUCUUUAGAAUAAACUGAUGAGAGGAAACUAUGCACAUCCAAACAUUCUCUUGUCUGAAAUUGCUUUCCUUGUUGCACAGUGCAGCACAGUGAUCCAUAGAGUUGUCGCUGAGGUCCCGGGUGGCCCCCAAACCUCCCGUUUUGCUGCACCCCAAUGAAGGCAUGUCAGACGUUGCAUCCUGGAGGACCCAGGAGCACGGUGACUGGAGCCAGCCUGCAGCCGCAGCAUCAGCCCCCCAGCGGGUCUGGAUCUCUCUCAUAGCAGAUCGAUUAUAUUUUGCUACCCUAAGAAGCAAGCCAAAAAGCACUGCAAACACGCACUACUUCUGCACAGAUGACGAAUUUAUCUAUGAAAACUUCUAUGCGGAUUUUGGACCACUCAAUCUAGCCAUGCUAUUCAGAUACAGCUGUAAACUCAACAAAAAGCUGAAGUCGUUCACACUGACCAGAAAGCGAAUCGUACACUACACCAGCUUUGACCAGCGGAAAAGGGCUAAUGCAGCGGUUUUAAUCGCUGCCUAUGCUGUAAUCUACCUAAAGAAGACCCCAGAGGAGGCCUACAGGGCUCUGAUCUCAGGCUCCAAUGCUUCAUAUCUUCCCUUCAGGGAUGCCUCGUUUGGAAAUUGCACAUACAACCUGACGAUUCUCGACUGCCUACAAGGAAUCCGGAAAGCCCUGCAACAUGGAUUCUUUGACUUUGAGAGAUUUGACGUGGACGAAUAUGAGCACUACGAGCGAGUGGAAAACGGUGACUUCAACUGGAUCGUGCCGGGGAAGUUUCUGGCCUUCAGUGGACCCCAUCCCAAAAGUAAAAUAGAGAAUGGCUACCCUCUCCAUGCCCCAGAGGCGUACUUCCCCUACUUCCGGAAACACAACAUUACCACGGUGGUGCGGCUCAACAAGAAGAUCUAUGACGCCAAGCGCUUCACGGAUGCCGGCUUCGACCACUACGACUUGUUCUUUGUGGAUGGCAGCACACCCAACGACGUCAUCACCCGCCGAUUCCUGCACAUCUGCGAGAGCACCGAUGGCGCCGUGGCCGUUCACUGCAAGGCUGGCCUUGGGCGUACUGGCACCCUGAUAGGCUGUUACCUAAUGAAGCACUACCACUUCACGGCAGCAGAGACCAUCGCCUGGAUCAGGGUCUGCCGACCAGGCUCCGUUAUCGGCCCUCAGCAGCACUUCUUGGAGGAGAGGCAGGCAGCCAUGUGGAUGCAGGGGGACAUGCAGCGUUCGCAGCAGAAGCAGCCGAGGGGCGUGUCUCACCUCAUCUCCAGCAUGGACGAUCUCACCCUCAGACCAACCCACACCUCUAUUACCACCAGCAGCCCCGCUGGCAUCCUCAGGUCCCACAGUACCGACCGCCUUCAAGAGAACGACUAUAUUGGGGAGAACGGCCUAUGCAUGACCCAAGGAGAUAAAUUGCGUGCCUUAAAGGGCCGGCGCCAGCCCAGGUCGGCCACAACAGGAGCCCUAAGACUUGAAGACAUGAAAAUGCACACCAGGUCACCGUCCCAACCUUUUAGUAGGAUGAACCUUGGAGUGGGCACUCAGGGUACCAUCUCCCCCCUCAAGUCCUCCAAAGUCCCAUCAUCCUCUGCUUCCGCCACGGCCAAGAGAAUCAGCCGUAGCUCCUCGUCCUCGGCGUCCAACCUCAAGAGCUCCUUCAUUAACUGCAGGCUAGCCAGCUCCUUAGGCAACCUGUACGCAGCUGACGGGAGCGAGGGCAAUAGGAAGCUGCCGUACACGCCCUCUUCAUCACACUCUUCCUCCUCUCCUCCCUCCAUCGUCACCACCCCCAUCCCUCCGUCGGGCUGGGCCGUCUCCGUUCACGGCUACGUGGCUAAUGGCGUGUGCGGCGCCAAUUACCACCAUCAUGAGGUCAACAACAAUCAGUAUAACUCCUCCCCUACUGGGGUGUUCAGCCCCGCGGGGGCCCCCCAACAUGCUGCAGGCAGGCUGGGCCCCGGGCCUGAUAAGUACAGCCCAUUCAGACCCCAGCAGGAGGGCUACUCCGGGCUCAGCGGACCCUCCGGCCGCUACCUCAGCCGCUCAAUCCCCUCCCUUCAAUCUGAAUAUGUUCAAUACUAAAGCUGCGGUUGUGCGUUGGCCAAGACUGGACAGCCAUCGUGACAACUGAACUGGGCGCGAUGGAGUCUCCCACCCCUCUCCAUUUCCCCCUUCUUCCCUGCUUUCUCCCACAUACUGAAAAGGGAAAUGAAUAAGCCAGGAGGCGCUAUAUGACGUAUGACAUUUAUUCUUCUCUCUUGGCAUCUGGAUGGCUGUGAUCUUUGGGGGCAGGCACAUAGACAGCCACAAACUCACAAGGGCUUAUGGAACUUUGAGUUUUGAGCUUCUUCUGUCAGCUUCAGACGGCCUCCAUCCACCUUAACUGAAGUCACUGUUUGUAUAAUGCUAACAAAGGGAGAUUACCCGGCUGUAGUUAGGCUUGGCCAGGCUGUAACUAUGUGAGUGCUCUGUCUCUUUAAAGCUGAGAUAUGGCCAUAUACAGUAGACUGGAGGCUCUCUGCUUCCCUGCAUCACAGUUUUCCGUUUUUAUUUAUGUGUACAUGUGCUAAGCAAAAUUACUGUGUACACAACACAUGACAUGUACUGAAAAAAUAGGAUAUUUUUAGACGAGAGGAUUUUAUACAUGAAACAUGACAAUUGUGUUGCCUGGAUAAAGAAUUAUGUUUAUAUUUACAAGUGGGUUAAUGAACAUGUUUUGGUUUAUCACAAUUCUAUUUUUGUCUGAGUGUUACUACUUCACUAACAACAUCCAAAUAUGCGAGGGGUUUAUGGAGAGGUUCCUAAUCAGCAAUGUAUUGGCAGCACAGGACCAGGCUCAGGGUGACGUGCUCUUGCAUUUCUUAUUCUGUUUUGUGUGUGAGAAUGUAGACCGCGUGUGCGUGCACGCUAAUGUAUGUACCAUAGACUGUAUGAAAACCUGUAGGUACAUACCUAUGUGAGCGUGUGUGAAUGAGACUGAGACUGAGCAGUGAGUGUGUCUGGAAACCAUGUGUGUGCAGUCCUCUGCUCAUGGAAUGAAAGGGUGACGUGGUCUCCAGAGAGAAGAGAAUGACGUAUAGGGAAGAGAUGAGUGUUGUCUCCUCUUCACUAUUUGAAAUAGUUUUUUAUUUUUAUUGAUUCAAUCGAUUCAAUGAACUGGUGGGAUUUGGUAACCCCCAAUUGGAACUAAUUAAUGCUUAAUGUUCUCCUCUGUCGCAAGCCUACAUCACUCCAUUGAAAAAAAGAUUUGCAUCUCAAUGGGACUCACAUGGUCAAGUAAAGGAUAAAUACAGAAUAUUAUCACCAAAAAGGAUGUAGCUGAUUUCAUAAACCCUCACAGGUCAAUGAUUUGACAACUAAAGUCAUACCAAUAACCAGACUAGGUUAUUGUGACUAGGUAUGUUGAGCAUGAUGAACAGUGGUCAUUAGUAGAGAAAAUGUAGUAUUGUGUUGUUGGACCAACACCACACACAACAUAAGCCUCAGUCCCUGCAGUAUACCAUACACCAGGCAGCGUAGCAAUCCCCUCCACAGACAAGAUCCCACUGCAAUAAGGCUCUUUGAAAGGAAAAGGAGCACAUUUUCAGUGUUAUUCGACACGCUGUGGAUGAUGGAACUUGAUUUGUGGCAGCCUAUUUUUAACACAUACCUACUGUAGAACCAGUUAUGUUAGUUGUGUUAUCGUCAAGGCACAUUGGUAACAGAUGUUCGUCGCUAUUACUGAAAUAUUUCCCAGUUUUUGUGUUUGUGUCGAGAAUGUAAAAACAACGCAGAAACUUUUCCUGCGUAUUACGAUUCUUUCAGACUGUAGAAGAAGAAAAAAACAUUUCCGCUUUGCAGGUAGAGGUUCCUAAAAAAACUGAAAAGCACAACUGUCCCCCAAAAUACCGUCUUUAAAAUCCCAUUGCUGAAUGUCAUUGUGUGUACAAUGCAGCAGUCAUUAUCAAAGCUUGUUUUUUACCAAUGAAUAUGACCUACUGUGGCUCGACUGACAUCCAUUUUCUGUUGGACCUUAUAAGAGUCCCUAUAUUUCUAUGCUUUUUACUUUUUAAACUUUUGAAUUUCAAAGUUGAUUUAAAUGAAUGUGUACGGAAGCGCCUGUUCAUGGCUGCAAGGAUUAUUAUUAUUUUUAUUGUUAGAGCUCUGUACAUUCCUGGCAGUGAAAUGCGUUUCUUUGUUUCGAGAUGGGAGAAUCUUAAUAAUGCAGGUAUUCUACCUCCUUGAAAUGUACAAUUUAUAGCUGUAAAAUUCGUACUUGCAUAUAUUUUUUCAAGCAGUAUGUAAAGAAAAUGUAUAACUGUAGAUUAGAAUUUUUCAUUUUCAUACAGUAAGCAUAGUAAAAUGUCUACUGUACUACAUGUGUAUAUUUUACGGGGAACAGAGGUUGCUGAAGGAGGUAACACAAUUAAAAAAAGACUUCAAAAUU